CAUGAGAUCAAGCUGAUGUACCGAGGGUUCAAGCAGGAGUGUCCGACCGGCGUGGUUGAUGAAGAGGCGUUCAAGAAUAUUUUCUCGCAGUUCUUUCCAUUAGGAGAUGCAACCCAAUACGCGCACUUUGUUUUCAACACAGUCAAACACAAGCAGACAGGAAAGUUGAACUUUGAGGAAUUCCUCGAUACCUUAUCCCGUGUUGCUCGUGGAUCUCGUCAAGAGAAGUUAUCCUGGGUGUUCGCUCUGUACGAUGUGGAUGGAGAUGGGCGGAUAUCGCGUAGUGAGAUGUUAGCUGUGGUACGUGCGGUGUAUGAGCUACUGGGGCGGGCGGCCGUCCCGCCCAUACAUAAGGCGGCAGCUGAGGACCACGUUGACAGGAUCUUCCACCUCAUGGACGCGAACGCGGACGGCGCGGUGACGCCGGACGAGCUGGCGCGCUGGUGCGCGCGCGACCCCGCGCUGCUGCGCUCGCUGGACGCGCUCGACACGGUCUUGUGA